CCAUCCCAGCUCGCUUCGACAUCUCUUCUCUCUCUCGCCUCGUACUAGAUCUCCACUCUUAUGUUGUUGCUCGUCUUCGUACUAGAUCUCCACUUUUAUUUUGUUACUUGUUUUCAUUAUUAAAAUUCAUAAACCCUAAAUUGUUGACCGAACCACUCUGUGGUAACGCACUCCACAAUUCCCGAAACCCAUCUUUUUUCACACUCUCUAGGGUUUAUCCACCGUUUAAUUCUCUCAAUUCAUUAUCUUCUGUUCAAUAAAGGCCGUGAGCUUCAUUCCAAAGCGCUUCAAAUCACCGGUAAGUGUUCCAAUUUUUAUGCACGCUAACCGUUGAUUGUGUUGUCUAAAUGCGACAGAAUUCUAGGGUUUACAUAAACAGUACGAUGAGUUAUAAGUUGCUAAUAUGGAUUGAGUUUUGUGUAUUUUUGUUAUGAGUAAGAAGAUUUAUAAGGUGUACAGUAGGGUUUUUUUUGCACAAAACCCUAAAUGAUACGUCGGUUUGAAUAUGAGCGAUGGAGGUAAAUUGGAGAGUAAGAGAGAGAAAGAGAAUGGGAAUGAAGCAUCGAAGCGUGCCGGUGCUGAUGAUUUUGGCCGAGCAGUGUCGAAGAUUGCUGUGGCACAGAUAUGCCGGAGCGUUGGCUUCGAAAGUAUCAAUGAGUCAGCUCUUGAGGCUCUUGCCGACAUUGCCAUCCGAUACCUCCGUGACUUAGGAAAGACAGCAAGUUUUAAUGCUAAUUUAGCUGGUAGGACUGACUGUAGCGUGUUUGAUAUUAUACAAGGGUUAGAGGAUUUGAGUACGUCAAUGGGAUUUUCGGGUGCAUCUGAGGCUACUCAUUGUCUCGCGGAUUCGGGCACUGUGAGGGAGAUCAUUGACUAUGUGGAAUCAGCUGAGGAGAUUCCAUUUGCUCAGCCUGUGCCCCAAUUUCCGGUGAUUAGAGAUCGGAAGAUGACACCAAGUUUUGUGCAAAUGGGUGAGACUCCAGCUUUCAAGCACAUUCCGGCUUGGCUACCGGCGUUUCCUGAUCAGCACACUUACAUACACUCGCCCAUGUGGAAUGAGAGGGCGUCGGAUCCUCGUGCAGACAAAAUUGAGCUAGCAAGGCAGCGGAGGAAGGCUGAGAGAUCCUUGUUGAGUUUGCAGCAGCGAAUGGUGCGCAAUGGUUCAGCAGUAGCUUCCACUUCAGCAGAGGCGGGUAAUGAUGUGAAUGCAUUACAAGUUGCUGAAACUGAAAACCCUUUUCUCGGUACACCUUUGGGUGCUGGAGAGAGAGAUGUUUCUCAUGUUGCUCUGCCAGCUAGACUUUCUGAUGAACCCAUUGUGGAAAACCAUGUUUCUGUUUUAGAGACGUUUGCUCCUGCUAUUGAAGCGGCGAAGGGGGCGCUUUCUGAUUGCGGAGAUGGUUAUAAAAAGGUUCUUCCUGACAAGAGACCUGCUGUUCAUUUCAACUUCAAGACUGGUAAGAAAAUAUUAGGUGAACCUCUAGAUUUGAGCCUCCAGAAAAAGGGUUUUGGGAAAACAGGGUCUUUGAUUGGGCGGGAAGACGAAAGGGAUGACAAGAAACGGAGAGCUGAGUUGAUUCUCAGACAAUCUAUGGAAAAUCCACAGGAGCUCACUCAGUUAUAAAUUAAUCUAUCGCAUGGAUUGCUUGAUGGAGAUUGUUAAAAGUAUGUUCCUUGAGCAAUCAAAAGUCAAGGGCAUACUGUUGUAAUGCAGUGUUUGUUAUGAGAAUCUAGCUAGGAGUCACUUCAGUUUGAACAAUUUUUGAAGCUUGUCCAAUUUGGGUGGUGAGGAAGGCUGCUAUGGGGGUUUGCACUUCAAAUUUGGACAGCGUUGGAUUCUUCUUACCUCCUGCCAUCGUCCUGUACUGAUUUCAAGAGUUGGCUGGAAAGCCUUUAGGGAUAUAUCUUAAAGUUGAAUGUGGAAGUUGUUCUCACACGAAGCCAGUGUGGUGAAAUUUUGGAGGCAAUUGUAGGAAACACAGAGUUGAUAUAUUUAUCUCUAAAUUUGCAGAGUCAAGAGCUUCCAUUAAAGCAAAAAUCCUAUCCUUUUUCGAGUCUGUAAGUGAUAUGUUAAGAAGAGCACCCCGGGGAUAUACUAUUCCAGCAUUUUCCUGGAUAUACCAUUUCAUGCCAGUUGUGUCUUUUUUUUUU